AUGAAGAGGCUAUACACGACGAUCAGCAGUAAUAAGAAGAAAGGAAAAUUGGCGUCCGAAAGGCACCGUUCUGUGUCUCUCCCGUCCGAAACGGCACGUCCGAAACACCUGUCAGGGUCCAUGACGGCGUCCGAAUUCGAGCAGCUGCUUCGUCCAUUUAAAGCCUCCCCCACGUCUGAAUCUCUCAUAAAUUUUAGCAACUCAAACGAGCAUACCACUUGCGAAGCACACUCAGACAAGAUGUACGUCGUGAAGCGCAACGGUUCCAGGGAGCCGGUUACCAUUGACAAGAUCUCAAAGAGGCUGGACAUCCUGGCAAAGACUCCCUUUGCUUUCUAUGACACUGCUUCGCGCAACGAGCCCGGGAAGUACGUCGUGGACGAUGACCUGCUCGCCACCGGGCGCGAACUGAAGCACGCUCAGCCGAUCAGGGUGGCGCAGAAGGUGUGCGCAGCCCUCGUGGACGGCAUCACCACGGAAGAGCUGGACAACGAGGCUGCCAAGCAGGCCGCUCACAUGCAGACGACCCAUCCGGAGUACGGUGUGCUCGCUUCCAGAAUCGAGGUGUCGAACAUCCACAAGAUCACGCCAGCCACUUUCGCAGGAGCGGUGCGCCGCCUCCAGGACAGGCUGGAUCCUCUGCUGUUCGAGCUCGUCACCACCACUGACCUGGGAGACAGGCUGGAGGAGGCCAUCGAUUACAAGAGGGACUACUGCUACGACUACUUUGGACUCUGCACCCUGCAGAAGAUGUACCUAUUGAAGAGCAAGGAUGGAAAGAUCGUGGAACGUCCUCAGCAUAUGCUCAUGAGGAUAGCACUCUGGAUGCACAUGAGCCCCGACGGUGCGGUGGAUGUUCCUGCCGUACUGGAGACGUAUAGGCUGCUGUCUGGUCGCUUCUACACGCACGCCACUCCCACGAUCUUCAACGCAGGGACGAAGAUGCCGCAGCUGGCCUCCUGCUUCGUCAAAGGCACCAAGGUCUUCACGUUGGAGGGCCCCAAGCCCAUCGAGACGGUCCGGAUAGGCGACAUGGUCAUCACUCACGAGGGCAGGGCGCGCGAGGUCUCUCAGCUGCACAAGAACCACAGGGGCGACAGGAAGAUCCUCGCUCUCAAGAUAUCCGGGAGCCCGCUUCUGCACGUCACCGAGAAUCACAAGUUCCUGACCCUACGCGACGGACUAGGCGAGCCCGCGUGGAGUGCUGCGGACGAACUCAAGAUCGGCGACUACAUCCAGCUGCCAAAUUACGUUGGAGAGAAGGAGCUCCCUGAGCCCAUCGACGUCUGGGCGAUCCUGCGAGAGGCAGAGCCUAGACUCAGGUAUGGAACCGAGGAGCACGUGCAGGAUGCGAACUCACAGAUCGAUGAGUACGUCGCAACUGCUGAUCUCAGGUACUGUCCUCCCCGAAACUCAGCAACUUUCGCCAUCCGUCCCAGGUCCAUCGAGGUGACGGAGAUGUUCUGCAAGCUCCUUGGCAUGUGGCUGGGAGACGGUCACGUGCUCAGGGGGAAGGUGAAGGGAGAUGACAGGACGUGUUACGCGGGAAUCGGCUUCAAUAGGAGCGAGGACGAGCGAGUCGCUCAGUACGUCCGCCAAGCUGGCGCCAAGACGUUCGGAGUCCUUGCGAAACCACACGGCACCUGUGUAGAGUUCUAUUCCGGGUCGCUGGCACUCGUGUUCGAGUAUCUCUUCGGUGGCGUUUCAGCAGCCAAGAAACUGCCUCCCGGCGUCUUCACGUGGCCGAACGACCACAUCAGGGCUCUGAUGGAGGGCCUCGUGAUCUCCUCCGGGCGGGUCAAGGGGAUCGAGGGAGUCGCGAUUCGGACGCCGAACGGCACCCUGAUGGACCAGCUGUUCCACCUCCUCCGGUCUCGAGGGGUGGAGGUCUUCCUGUCCACCAGCAAGGCACACUCUUACGUCACGCGGCGUGGAGACGAGAUCAUCGUCCCUACUUACGACCUGAGGCUCCCACCAGACUUCCUCGAUCUGGCGACGAUCGCCGUCCUGCGGCCAGACGUCGAGACCAGUGCAGCCCGCCCAAUCACCGGACACUCCGUACGCAGGCAGGGAUCCACCUUCCUCAGGGUCGUCUUCGUGGAGGUGACCGACCGCGAUGAUCCCAUCGUGUACAACCUGGGGGUGGAUGAGGACCACUCGUACAUGGUGGAAGGGGUGGUCGCGUCCAACUGCUUCCUGCUGGGCAAGCUGGGGAACAGGGCGCAGGAUUCCGUGGCGGGCAUGUACGAGACGCUCGGGCACAUGGCUUCCAUCAGCAAGCUAGCCGGGGGCAUAGGCGUGCACAUGCACGAGAUCCGAGCGACUGGGGCCUACAUCAACGGCACGGGAGGCACGUCUUCGGGCCUGAUCCCCUACCUGCGCGUGCACGCCGACGUCGAGGACUUCCUCGAGAUCCGACUGAACGUGGGUGCAGAGGACAGGAGGGCUCGCGACCUCUUCUCGGCCCUCUGGGUGCCGGACCUCUUCUUCAAGCGGGUCCUAGAAGACGGGAAGUGGAGCCUGUUCUGUCCCAGCGAGGCUCCGGGGCUCAGCGACGUCUACGGGGAGGAGUUUGAGGCGCUAUACGCUUCUUACGAGGCGCAGGGGCGAGCCAGGAAGGUCAUCUCCGCCAGGGACCUCUGGGAGAAGGUCCUCGUCUCCAUCAUCGAGACGGGAACGCCCUACAUAUCCGCCAAGGACGCCGUCAACCGCAAGUCCAACCAGAAGAACCUGGGCACCAUCAAGAGCUCCAACCUGUGCAACGAAGUGACCCUCUUCAGCAACCCCGCCGAGACGGCCGUCUGCACCCUGGCCAGCAUUGCCCUGUCCAAAUUCGUAAAGUACGGAGAGGAGGGCCGCUACUUCGACUUUGAGGAGCUGCACAGUGUGGUGAAGACGGUGACCAAGGUGCUGGACGGAGUGGUGGACCGGACGCUGUACCCGCAGCCGGAAUGCGAGCGCAGUAACAAGCGCCAUAGGCCCCUCGGCCUCGGAGUGCAGGGCUUUGCCGACGUCCUGUACGCCCUCCACACCCCAUUCGAGUCCAAGAAAGCCGCCGAACUGAACGUCCGUAUCUUCGAGACCAUGUAUCACGCAGCUCUGGAGGCCAGCGUCGAGCUGGCAGACCGCUUCGGGCCCUACGAGAGCUUCCUGGGCAGCCCCGCGAGCGAAGGUCUCCUGCAGUUUGACCUGUGGGGAGUGGAUCCAGGCGACGAGUACUACGAUUGGGCGGAGCUCAAGGAGAGGAUCAAGAGCGUGGGACUGCGCAACUCGACGCUCAUCGCCCUCAUGCCUACCGCCAGCACCAGCCAGCUCCUGCAGAACACCGAGAGCUUCGAAAUCCCCACCUCCAUGCUCUACAGCAGGCGCACCAAGGCCGGCCAGCACAUCGUGCUCAAUCGCUGGCUCGUCAGGGAGCUGCUGGAGCGCGGCUUGUGGUCCGUCGCCCUGAAGGACAAGAUCCUGGCCGACGGCGGUUCGGUGCAGAACCUGGACGAGCUGGACGCAGAUCUGAAGGAGCUUUUCAAGACCACCUGGGAGGUCAAGAUGAAGAGCUACAUCGACCUGUCCGCCAACCGUGGACCCUUCGUGUGCCAAUCGGCCUCGAUGAACCUCUACCAGCAGCAGCCCAUCGCGGACAAACUGAACCGCAUGCUCAUCUACGGGUGGCAGAUGGGGCUGAAGACCAUCCUUUACUAUCUGAGGACCAGAUCGGCGAGCGAAGCCACGCAAUUCACCGUGGCAGUGGACGGGAAGGCCAAAGCAGAAGAGCCGGUCUUAGCUUGCACUAGGGAUAACAAGGAUUGCGUAGCUUGUUCGGCGUGA